AUGGACAUGAGGGGCAGCAUGGCGUCCGAGGUUGAGCUCCAGGAGCUCCGUGUCCAGGUGCGAGCGUUGGAGAAGAAGCUGCUGGUGGCCGAGGCACUGCAAGACGAGGACUGCGACGAGGAGCUGCUCGUGGAGAACGCACGGUUAGUGGAAGCCAAUGCAGAGCUGGAGGUCCGUCUGGAGGCGAGCGAGGCCCGGGUGGCGGCUCUUGAGGGAGCGGAAGGGGCUGGGCCCGGCAGCGUGGGCGCCGGGCUCGACCCUGGCGCACCCGGGAGCACAGGCGAGCUUACAGAGCUGCGGAAAAAGCUGGCCGAGGUCCAGGCGGCGUACGAGGAGGCUGCGAGCGUCAAGCCGCUGUAUGCCGAGCUGCGCAAAAAGUACCGCCACCUGGAGGAGGAGAUGCAGGUGCUGGAGCACGCGUCGAUGGAGCUGGAUGCGAGCGUGGAAAAGCGUGGCUCGCGCAAGGAGGAGAAACUCAAGUCGCAGCUAGAGCAUGUCAAGGCCGAGCACGAGGCGCAGUUCUCCAAGAUCAUGGACAUCGAGUUUAAGAAUGAGGUGCUCGAGAGCAAGCUCAAGGAGGCCGAGGCGCUGCUAGUCGAAGCGCGCGACGCUCGGGCGGCUGCCGAGGCUGAAGCCGAAGCUGCACGCGGCGCCGAGACUCACGUUAGCAAGGAGCUCGAGCUGCUCAAGGCCACACAUGCCGGCGUUCUACAGGCGAUGAACGACAAGGAUGACAAGAUCAUGGUGCUGGAGGAGGAGGUCAACGCUGUCCGGGUCGAGCUCAAAAAGUCGAACUCUCAGCGGAACGUUCAGCAGAUUUCGGGCUCAUCAGGCCAGCUCGUAGAGUCUGUGGCGCUGUUGGAGGAGCUGUCGUCGAUCGAUGGGUCUGAAGUCGGCGGCGCCGAGGCACAUGUCAAGCUCAAGAGGAUGUUUAAGGCGCUCAAGGUCCAGUUUAUUAAGAAGAAGAAGAAGCUGAUCCAGGUCCUCGAACUGCACAAGCAGCUGAAGGAGGAGUUCAAGAAGAAGCGUGCGCAGAACACCAAGCUCAAGGAGAUGUACAUCGAGAACCGUGAUAAGCUCAAGGGCCUCGCCGCCAAGCAUCUUGCGCUCAAGAAGGCAUACAAGGCUGCAACCGGUGCCGGAGGUGACGGAGCAGCUGCGCCGUCCGAGUCGACCGACCACGAGCUGCCUGCUGGCGCCUCGACCGAGCUGGUCCAGAAGCUUAAGCAGCGGGUCAUUGCUCUCAAGAAGAAGGUCAAGACACUCGACAUCCAGAAGCGGCAGCUCGAGCGCCGGCUCAGUGAGUUGUCCAAGAUCAAGGCGGUUGGGCAUGACCACGAAGGUGGUGCGCCGCUGGGGUCGUCCGAAGCGCAGACCUCACGGUUGCUCAAGGAGAAGCUGCUCAAGCAGCAAUCGAUCCGGCGGCGGCUGGAGCGUGACGUGGAGAUUCUCAAGGGUGCGCCGAGUGGGCCGCGGACGCUCACCGCACACAAGCUGCGACUCUCGGGGACGUCGGGCGCACUGCGGUCGUCGACGAUGGCAGGCUCUGACAUGCUUGCUGCGUCGAUGAUGGCCAGGACGCUUGCUGCCGCUAGUCCCGCGCCCUCGCCGGUCAAGUCGCCAACCUCGGGCCUAUUCCCACCGACCAGUGUAGCCGAACGUCGGCGCGCCGCCAUCCAAGGCCGACAGCGGAGCAACUCGAUCUCGAUGCUGUGA